AUGCAGACGCAGGCCUGCGAUCGAUGUCACAGACGAAAGACAAAGUGCGACCGACGUGUUCCACGCUGUGGCUCCUGUGAAAAAGCAAACGCGCCAUGUGUGCAUACGGACAAGCUCAAUCUUCUGCCGUAUCCACGGGCAUAUAUAGAUUCCCUCGAGUCCACAAUCAAGCGGUUGGAGACAGAAAAUAAAAGGCUGAAAAGAGAGCUCAAAACCACGCCAUCUGCCUCCUCACCGGCAUGUACGCUGCUGUCAGUCACUGCUGAUGAAAAUGCGUCUCAUGGCGAAGGCACCAGCACCAGCGAUGAGCACUUCAACGCUGCAAGUGAUGAUAAUGUAACAGCAGCAGUCAGCCAACUGGCACCAAAGCCCCCAGUGGAAGAACAUCGCCAUCCGGCCUGGGGUAGCCAUGUCCCCUUAGCUAGUCUCGUCUACAGCCUCGUUGGCGGUGGCACUUUAUCAUAUCUACCAAAGAACCAUCACCAAAAUACUCAGAAUUCACAAUUCCCUAUCCAAUCGCCACAUGCGCUGCCUAGCCGAGAAGAGGCCUUCCACGCUAUUGAAGCAUAUUUCAACCACUGGCACUUGACAUUCCCCAUUCUGUCCCGGCCGCAAUUUCUUCGCACUGUGGAUCAAAUAUAUUCGGAGGCUAACUUCUAUACCGAAAAUCCCUUUCAAGCAUUUCUAUUUGACAUCGUACUAGGCAUGGGAAGCACAAAUUUUAACCGACAAGAUAGGUUUCCCACUUCCCCAGAAACGCAUUACGUACGGGCUAUAUCAAAACUCGACAAAGUGUUUUCCGUGCAAGGACUAGCAUCCCUUCAAUCUAUUCUGUUUCUGUGUCAGUAUUCUAUAUUCUGCACUUUACGAGAUACCAGUGCCAAUAUGUGGCAGUUGGUAGGGAUUGCCACCAGACUCUGUACGGAAAUGGGACUUCAUCGUCGGUCAAAACAAGAGGAAUCAGUCGCUCAGGGGCUUCAAGGCGGGAAGGUUAUUCUAGAAUUAGAAAUUAGAAAAAGAACGUUCUGGUGUCUAUAUAAUUUGGAUAGGAUCAUUAGCGUCACUCUGGGUCGUCCUGUUGCCUUGCAUGAUGAGGAUAUUGAUAUCACGUUACCAACAGCCCUCGACAUCGAUGAGUUCUCACUAGAUGAAUUGACACAGGGAGUAACCACGGAGAGGUUACGAAAGACUUCGCCCUUUUUACAUUUAAUUUUCAUUCGGCGACUAGCAGGAAAAAUUCUACAAAACGUCCACUGCCGAACGGAUAGAAGUCUUUCGCGAGAAGAAAAAUAUCAAAUUCAACAAAGCUUUCACGAUGCUCUCCAGAGUUGGAAAUCUGAAAUUGCCGACAUAGAUGUAUUUUCAAAUAAGGACAAGCAUUCAACUUCGAGCUUCCGGUCAGCUACCUGGUAUGAAGUACCCUAUCAUAAUGUGUUGCUUCUUCUUUUCCGACCAUCUCCAACAUUUGCACAUACUGGGUCCAUGUCCGACAAUGUUGCCGAUGAUAUUCUUUCGACUCUGAAUAACAUUCUAUCUUCCGCUAUCUCGGUCAUUCGCCUAUAUGCAGAAUUGCAUCAGACUCGCCGUCUCAACUACUCGUGGAUAACACUUCAUGCUGUAUUCAUGGCUGGCUUAUCCUAUGUUUAUAGCAUCAGCCGAAUAAUUAAGGAAACCAAGCGCCGUGGCACCAGUUUUCCACCCAGCGUGGAAUACACUCAAAUAAUUGAUGUUACUCGGAUUUGUUCCAAGGUGUUGGUUGCAAUCAAUGAACAGUGGGCUACAGCGCGCGGGUCCUGCGAGAUAUUUGGCCAUUUAAGCAACGCCAUUAUCCAGGACGCCGUAAAGGCACAACUGAACAGCCAUAAACCAGCAGAACUACCAUUAAACUAUAAUGAUAAUACAACUAGAGGUGCUUUUGCAGCCCCACCCAGAGGUGCAGAUGUUCGCUCUCCCCACCCAGGACACCCUCACCAUCAUCAACAGCAGCCGAACAAUACAGACACUAACCUUACAACCCAUUAUCCUGGAAUGGAAUCUCGCAUGUCCAAAAAUCCUGCCAUGUACUCGGCAACAUCAGAUCCUUUCCAAACUUCAAUAGCCGAAAACGGCUUCCGCCAGUGCUAUAACAGUCUUCAAGGAGGGGCUCCUGCAUCACUACGAGAUCCGAGCUUAGUCCCAAGUGAAGUCAUGAUGGGCUUUUCACAAGACUGGUUUGCUGGAGACAGUAUGCUGUCUGUCCAGGAUCCUGGUUCUGCAGAAAUGAUUGACAUAUGGGGAAUGAUGGACAUAUUUCCAUCGGCAGAUCAAUUCCAAUAA